CGAAAGGUAAACAAUCGUCAGUCGCAGAGGCGUCCUCGUCAGUGUCGUCGGUCCAUCGGUCGCUCCAACGAAAAUCCAACGGCGAAAUGGUCCGACUCAUGCGGUCGCCGGGUCAUCCAACGACGUUCGAGAGGCGCUCGCCGCCGAGGGGCCGCUAGAGGCGGAUGGAGGCAGCCGACGGCAGCUUAGCCGUUUAGCUCCCGACCGGACCGCCGCCGCCACCCCCUGCGGAAAAUGACGUCCACCCCGAAAAGUGAAAAACACGCAUCCAACGAAGGAGGGAACAGCGGAAGGGGCGGAAACAAGCUUGCAAGACGUGCCAGGUCUUUUAAGGAGGAUUUCCUCGACAUCAUAUCUCAAAUGAGAACAUCUAGUGGAGGGAGCGGAGGUAGCAAUGGAACAGGAUCGCCCAGGCCGCCCCGUUCGCCGAAGCCCAGGACGUCAAGCUCAAGUGAUGUCCCACCGACUGAAGAACGAAAUCCACUAGCCGAUCUUGAUCAACAUGUUAAACAAGUACAACUGGCUUUAAAACAUUUCAAUGAUGUCGUUUCAAAAAAUAAACUGGAAGUUCUCCCUGGAAACGGAACUAUCGUUUUGGAAAGUGUCGCAACAAUACAAGGUGUACUCAAGACUUAUGUAUUUAUUGACCAAAGCACUGCACUUAUGUCUGCUACAAAUCAAGUGUAUCAAAGCAUCACAGUUCUCAUAAAGCUGUGUGACGAUGUACUCAUCGGAGGCGAAAAGGGACUCAACAAGCAAAAUGUGACUGAAGUGUUGCAGCAGGUUGAUGAAGCAGUACAGAACUUGGUGACAUUGGUGAGAGCAAAGAUUGCCGACCACAAUAAAGUUGGUAGUGAAAAAAUACUGGACCAUGGCACGGCGCUGCACAAAGGAGGUGUCUUCCACCAUGCAGUUGACCCGCCACUGAGGAACUCCUUGCCGGACAUUCCGUUGACAUCACGCGAAAGGGAGUCACUCGAAUCGAGAGCGCAGGGGUACAGCUCAGAGAGCAUCGUCACCGCUCCACCUAAACCCCCAUUACCUACAACGAAAGUCUGGGUUGGUGGUUCUCCUCCUCCACCGCUUCCUCCAAAGAAAAAAGCUUCGGGAGGGUUACCUUCACAGUCGAUGGAACGACUUUCUAUAAGAAGCGAUAAUUCAUCUCUUGGCAGUCUUGAUUCCAUGUUAAACACAUCGAGCAAGGAUGAAGAGGAACUCCGUGCCAUCAUGGAUGAGGAUAAUUCUAUGACUCUUCCAGAUACAUCUCUUCUACACCAUGACUUUCCUGGUCUGAACAGCUCGAUCGUCAACGGAAGCCAGACCAGUUCUUGCUGCUGGGACAGUUCCUGUAGUAACACUUCGGACCACACUCACCUCACGGAAUCACCCGAUCCACCAAUGGGCUUUAAUAAUGUUUUAGGCGCUUUAAAUACAACGUUAGAAAGGACGUCAGGUAUGAUGUUCCAACAGCACGCGUCAAACCAGAGUUUCAACUUUGGCCACUCAUCGACGUUAACGUCUUCGUCUUCAUCAGUGGCGGAAGAGAGGCGAAUCACGACCCACAAGUCGUCCUCUUCGUCUACGACCACUUUUGCUUCUUCUUCGGAGACGAGCGUCACUUCGUUGGUCGCCCACCAGCAGGUAGAAAGGAGGGGCUCUUCCGUCACGGAGCAGAUCCCUCCUCUGCCUGAAAAGAAACGUUCGAGGCGCGAGCGCCAGCCGUCACAGUACGAUAACGUGCCGACAUCUACAAGCCCGACACUCGAAAAGCCUCCUCCGCUUCCUCCCAAGAAAAAGCACAUAUUCCAAUCAGUGGCCUAUUCUGUAAUGGCUUACAUGGAGAUGUUUGGAAACUGUUCUCAACCGAGUGCUUCGGAUUUACUCAGACAUUCUGUCCACACGUACAGCCUGCUCCAGUGGCAACAGCAACACCAAGCUUCGAUAACUUCGACGCAGUCUUGUUCGUUCACCAGCCAUACGUUCACUUCAAGCAACAGCAAUCAUGAGACUUUAGACGAGCCGAUGAGUGAAAGGAACAGUGGUAAUGUAAGCCCUGGGCUACCCCCAGCGCUGCCGCCCAAGAGAGGAGGUAUAAAAUCUGCAGUGACUCCACCUCCUCCAGAGCCCUUGCCGCAGAUGACUCCACCUCCUUCUCCGACCCCUGUUAAACCGAUCGAAGAAACACAAACGGUGGUUGCCAAUGGUGGCUCGAGGAUUCCCGCAGCGAGCCCUGAGACAAAUUUUCUAUUUGAACUUGACGUCAGCAAACACCUCGUUUUGAUGCGCCCAGAAGAAGAAGGUCCGGCAAUACGUGGCGGGCCUCCUGAUGCCCUCAUAAUACAUGCAACAAAAGCUUGUAAAAAUGAAGAAAAAGAGCCAGAUUUUCUCUAUCAAGAAGCAUUUUUAACAACGUACAGAACUUUCCUAUCACCUUUAGAACUGAUAGAGAAACUGUGCCUGCGGCAAAGGAGAUUCAGUGGGAACCAAGAUCCUGGGAAGCAGAGAGCAGCACGAGAAGCUUUCUCACUUCUUGUCAGGGUAGUGUCAGAUCUGACUGUUUCUGAUUUGGAAGAGGCCGUUUUGAAAGCAUUGAUGGAGUUUGUCUACCAGCUGCUCUGCAGCGGGGACCUGACCAUGGCCAAAGUCCUCCGGGUGAUCAUUAUUGAAAAGUAUAAUAAUAAGAUACUUUAUUAUUCCAUCAAUAAUUUACUGCCAUCACAGAACAUCUAUACAAGACAAUCCACAUUGGUCGAUUUUAAAUCCGAUCAUGUAGCAGAGCAAAUGACACUCCUAGACUCGGAGCUUUUUAUGAAAAUUGAGAUCCCUGAAGUUCUCAUCUGGGCGCAGGAGCAGAAUGAAGAGCGUAGCCCAAAUUUGACACGUUUUACCGAACACUUUAACAAAAUGUCUUAUUGGGCGAGGUCGAGGAUACUGGAGCAGAACGAAGCCAAGGACAGGGAAAAGUAUGUCGUCAAGUUUAUUAAAAUAAUGAAACACUUGCGCAAAAUCAACAAUUUCAACUCGUAUCUCGCUCUCCUAUCGGCGCUCGAUUCGGCUCCGAUACGCCGGCUGGAAUGGCAGAAACAUAUCACAGAAGGGCUGAAGGAAUAUUGCGCACUGAUUGACAGCUCCUCGAGUUUCAGAGCUUACAGACAAGCCCUGGCUGAAACACAGCCCCCUUGCAUACCAUACAUAGGUUUAGUACUCCAGGACUUAACGUUCGUCCACAUCGGCAACAGCGAUUACCUUUCAGACGGCGUCAUCAACUUUUCAAAGAGGUGGCAGCAGUUCAAUAUUGUCGAAAACAUGAAGAGAUUCAAAAAAGGCACUUACACGUUUAAGAAAAACGAAAGAAUCAUUGCAUUCUUCAGCAACUUUGACGACUUUUUAUGCGAAGAAGCCAUGUGGCAGAUCUCGGAGAGUAUAAAACCUAGAGGAACAAAGAAAACGAAUCAGUAAAAUUGCUUUUUCAUCUUACUCCGGCUUUCAAGCUACUAUUAUUUUUUAAAAGAAAUAUAAAAGCAAUAUCUUAGUGUUUGUAAAAACAUUACAAAAGGAAAUAUGUUUAAACAUUAAUUUUAAUAUAUAUAUUUUUUAAAUAUAUAAAAAACAAAAGGGUUUAAAUUUCAGCCUAUGAAAAAUGAUUUUGUCGGUGUGAUUAAGUAAGUGAAACUACAUUAAUUAAAUAAUUAGAGUAAACAUUAGAUUCCCUUAAACAUAAAUGGAGAAGAGUAUUGAACCUGAAACGUAGUUCAACUUCAUCGAGUAAUCUUUUAAAACGACUAUGUAUUUCUACUAUCGUCUGAAAUUCUUAUGAACCCUUAUUGCCUUAAGAAUAUUCAUCCUAAAAAGUUAAAUUGAUUUGAGGAAUUGUGUCGGACCAAAAAAAAAAAAAAAAAAAAAAAAAGGAAACUAUAGUCUUUUUUUAUUUUUGUUUAUAUUUAUAAAUUGAUUUUUUUUUUAAAUCUACGCUUGAUCCGUUGUCACUUUCCCUUUGGAUGAUGUCUUGACAAAUCCCUGUUUAUGUUUAUAUACGGUAAAAAUGCUUUAAUCUUAAUCUGUAACUUCAUGAAAAACUUUUUAAAGAUAAAUCAAACAAUGAAUACAAGCAACGAUUUUCCCUUUUUUCUUUUCUUUUUUUCUCUCUUUUUCUCAAUUAAAUAAAGGUCUAUUUUAUUAAUCAUUUCAUUUGGCUGUGUAAUUGUUUCUCAUCUCUUUCUAAUUUUUGGUAGCUCUGAUAGCAGAAUUUAUCACGUUUUAUGUGUAAAUUAAAUAUUUAAAUAUUUCAAGGUGUUUUUUCAUUCUGAAUGAGGUUUUUGAAUGUCAAAAUGGGCUUUAAAUGUCAAAAAAUAAAACAUUAAAAAUAGCAGAAAUUGAGACCUAUUAAAAAAUAAUGUGAACGUGAAUAAGAAAUUAAUUUAAUUUUUAAGAGGCACAGAUUUCUUUAACAAGCUUCAGUAGAAAGUUCUUCUUAUAAAAAAGAAUUCUAAGCUUUUUUGAAAAACACAAAUUUACGUAAAAUUUGGGUAAGGGCAAAAAAAAGUGUUAUUUUAAAAAGAAAAUCACCAGUUUAUAUUGUUCGAGGUGAACUUCAAAA